CUUCGGACAGUGCCCUCCCCAAAGCAAGUCUUCUUCGAUCUGUCUCUUAGACCAAUCGUGUGGUCUCUUGUUACUAAUCGUAAGUUUUCUUCCUUUUUAAAACUUUUUUGUAUCGAUCUAGAUCUUGUUAGGAGGAGUUAUCUAAAGAGAAUGUGGGCGUAGUAGGUAUCCGGUUUACACAUCCUCAGGAAUCAGAACUAGCUCUAUAUGCAAGUAGCUCCUCAAGUUCUUAGUUUCGAUGUGUUAAGCUUCUUGUUAUGAUCUGUAGAAAAGUGCUUUUGUUUGUUUGUUUGGAAGAGGCAUCAAUGGGGAGGAUAAUGGAAUGGGCAGCAAGGUCUAAUCACUUGGGAGGCGUUCCAAGGAAAGCUGUGAUAACAGCUGUUGGUGCGUUUGCGAGAGCAGUAGCUAAUCUUUGCAACAAAACCACAGUACACAGUGCAGAUACUCUUAUGACUCUUGUCCGCUCACGUCCACCUGGUGUUCCCCUCAUCACUGUUAGUAAUCACAUGUCGACGUUAGUUCAAAUUUAGAUGAUCCAGUAAUGUGGGGAGGGUUCAAGGGUCUUCUUUCCUUAGAUCCAGAGCUGGCUCGAUGGGUUCUUGCUGCAGAGGACAUUUGUUUCAAGAACCCUGUCUUCUCCUACAUCUUCCGCACUGGCAAGUGUAUACCUAUAACUAGAGGUGGUGGAAUCUACCAAGAACACAUGAGUGAAGCUCUCGAGCGAUUAAAAGAUGGAUCUUGGUUGCAUACCUUCCCAGAGGGCAAGGUGUUUCAAGAAGAUGUGCCUAUAAGACGACUUAAAUGGGGAACCGCAAGCCUCAUCGCCCGUUGCCCAGUCACCCCAAUCGUCUUGCCAAUAAUUCACCGUGGUUUUGACGAGAUGAUGCCGGAGAAGUACAUUUAUGGAAGAAGACCACCGUUACCGCUGUGGAACAAAAACCUUAAAGUAGUUGUUGGUGAACCAAUCGAGUUUGAUGUUCCUAUGAUGGUUGAGACCGCUGUCUCUGCAUCCUCCGGUCAUGUAACAGCUUCUCUUCAAGAAGCGAAAUGGCCUGUACUCUCUUCUGCUGGCCGAAAGCUAGACGAGACUGCUCAAAGAUACCUCUACACAGCACUUUCAGAGAAGAUUCAAUCCUCGUUGGAAACACUGAGACUCUUAGCCAAGCGGUUGUGACUUCCGCUUGAAGCUCCCGGUUUGGUUUAGAUACGCAAUGGACCAAUUGGUAACCAAUUAUUUCCUUUAUUUAAUUUUUUUUUUGUAGCUGAGAUAUAUCUUACAUUCUACACAUUGUAAUAAGGAUGAAAAAUGUAAACAAACUUAAAUUUAAAUAACUCGCAUCUUCAAAUAUAUUAUAUGUUUUUUAAAACA